UCCAAGACUGGAGGAAAUCAACAAAAGAAGAAGAUAAUGAAGUACGGAGUCUUUGAAUUCGAAGUUGACCGUAGCGUUGAGGUGGCCGAGAUUUCAUGGAUCGUAUGGAGAGAAGAUGAGGCGCCGAUCACCAACCCACUGGAGCUGAUCGAUAAGACGGUUACCGUGAAAUGGCCAGGUUCAGGCGGAUCAUCCAACAGUAAAACGAAGUCAAAAUCGUACAGAGCCAAAGUGGUUGCAGUAGGGGAUGACAAGGUCAGGUUGUGUGAAAAACGUAACAAACACAUCAAGGGUCAGUCUGUAGAGACGGACACAGAAUUAGGGAGAGGGAUGAGAAAAACCAAAAGAAGAUCACGCGACUCAUCCCCUGAUCUCAGUGACCAGUCAGACUCAGAUUCAGAUGUACCCAUGCCCCUGCAGCCUCCUCCUAAAAAGACAAAGAAAGUGACGGUGACAGACUGUAACAAGGUUGCUAGUCAGUUACGGAGGCAGAUGAGCAAGAUUGGUACUGUUAUAAGUGAUUCAUCUGACAAUGAGACUGCAUUAGAUUUAGACCAGGUUCGACAGUUAGAAAAGAAAAACCGUGAAUUACAGUCUCUUUUGGAGUCUGAGAGGAGAGAAAAGGAUGCUCUAAAGAACACCCUUCUCUUGCUGCAAGACAAGAUACCUUUAUUCGUGCAAACAUUUACAAAAUUUGAAGAACGGUUUGCUACAAGUGCAAAGAACAUAAGUCCUAGUGUGCAGCAACAGCCAGAUCAUAAUCAUCAUAUGCAAGAAGAGGCUUGUGAUCUAGAGAAAGAUUCGGACUGUAUGGUUGAACUCUCACCCAAGGUGAGGUUAUCGAAGAAAUCUUUAGUAGCUUGCAAUCACAGGGACUUCGCAAAAUUGACUAAUGACCUCCUGGUCGCUUUGUUUGGGAGGGAGGACCUCCACAAGUUCUCCCUCACCGGUGCUCCAAACUCCCAGGGUGGAAAGAAGGCAGCCCUGGACAAGGAUAAAGUUGAUGCUUUAGUCUUGUAUGUCCAGAAGAAAUUCCCACAGUCCCAGACAUCAACAAUAAGGGCAGUCAUCACAAAUAAAUUGAGCAAUGAGGUGAAAAUGAAAAGGAGGAGGGACAAUGAGGCUGCAAAAAAAGACAGUUGAAGCUAAGUCACCCCUUUAGAGGUCCUGUCUAGUUUUGGUAAAGAUUUUUUAAAUGUGAAUUAGGCUGUUAUUCAAUUAUUUAUAUCGUACAAAGGUGUAGUGACUGUUAAAUCAAUUUUAUGCAUUCAUAAAUGAAUCAUUCCUCUUAAAGAUUUUAAAUUCCACCGUUAAAUCAAAUUUAGCACCCUUUAUUGGUAAUUUUAUUAUUUUUCUUAAUAUAGGCCUUCAUCUCAAAUCUUAGUUUAAUUAAGUGAAUGUAUAUCACGGAGCUAUAUAUGAGGAUUUUACCCUGAAGUUUUCUUCCCGUUCCAUGGUUGCGAAAUGGUUAAAUAGCAAAAAAAAAAAGAAAGAAAGAAGCAAAUAGUCAGGGAUUCCAACUUUUUUUAAUUUGACAUUUUAAUUGUUAACUUUACCCAUGUAAGUUUUUAGGUUGCAUCUUUUGCGCAAUAUGUGUUUUAUUAUGAUAUAACAUUUCAUUUUAUCUGGCAAUGGAUUCAAACGUUGAUGAUUCACAGAUUUACCAAAACUAGACAGGAGCUUUACUAUAUUAAAUAUCAACAUGCCCUCAUCUUACACUUCAAGAUGACCCAUCUUGUAUAUGUUAUCAGGAAAAAAAAUGGUUGUACUUUAUAUACUCUACAUUUUACAUAAAAUUUUCUUUGUACAAUAAGCAUAUCAUGUCAAUCUGUAUGAGUCUCUUAAAAGAACAUUUUUAUAUCAUAGGGUCAUUCCAUGCCAAUUCACCCAAUGAAUGUGCAAUUUUGCACCCGACCGUCUCAGAAUUCGUUGUA